UUGAGGACUUUUGCUGGUGGGCCAAAUAGAGCACACUUUAUCACUGUUUUAACAGACUGUUUUAACAGACUGAGAUACAAAGUGAGAACAGAAUUAGGCACAAUGAACUCGCAGCCMGAUCAACRUCUCUCAACAAGUGAGAAACUAACCAAAGAGGACAUUACAGAGCACAACCGCUCUCCAGCAGAACACGCUUUUUACGAGUCAUUCCUGUUACAAUCGCGCUCCGACAUCGAGAAUCUUUACGCAUCGAACAUCUACUGGAGCCAAAAACACGCAAAGGAGGUCAAAGAUUUGAAUCGACAGAAAAUGGUUAUUCURAGUUCRAUGACUAAAGAGCAYAAAGAGAUGGUUAAAAGGAUGCAAAAGUUGCAAGAAAAGCAAGAGCAACURCUUGAAGAUAAAAUGAAGCAGUYUCUAGUAGCGAAAGAAAACCGAAGCGGKCGUCGGCUGCGACCCCAAUCAACAUCAGCAGUACCGAGCAAUUUACGAUUGCAGCCCGAACCACCUCGGCCAAGGUCGGGAUCUUCGAGUUUACUCGMUGCUAAUUCGGAUCUGAGUCGUUCUUCGUACCUUUCAAAAUCAUCACAGAAUUUAAGUCAGUUGUCGCACUUAGAAGUUAAUAAGAAUAAUUUGAAGACGAUGUCGAAGUCGUGUGAAGAUCUUUCUACGUUAGGAAAGAGUGAUGGAAAGACAAACAAGCUUCAUUUACCCGCAAUUCGACCAAGUAGUCGRACAAAAUCCACAGAAAACCUUUCAGAUGAUGACUCUUUUUUCAUWACAAAACUUGACCAAUCAUCGUCGAUCAAUAAGUCACAAAGUCCCUCGGGAUUUCUCGCACCCGCGGGAUUCAAUCCCGAACGUCGCAGGGGUUCGUUACCCAAUCCUGACGUUCUUGARCGACAGUUAGACAUUGAGCGUCAAAGAAGCGAAGAAGAUGAGCCGUUAUCACUUCUUACUCAAGCAAAAUGGGUUCCGAAGACCAUUGGCAGAUCUCUACCUCCUAUAUGAUCAUUUGUGUUUGAUCCAAUCACAAAUAGCUAUUAAAGUYACCUAUCAGAAGCAUUCUAUGACAUGUUUCAUAGAGGCCUACUGCGCCGAAUGUGACCAUCUUUUUCUUACUUAAUGUGCACUCCUGAUUGGUUGAUUAAUCGUCAUUUCAAUGCUGUACGAAAUCAAUAACCAUUAACAGACAGAUUGCAACCAUCUGCAAUCGUUUAACAAAUUACAUUUCUACCUUGGAAAUUCACUAGUAAUAUAAAUCUUGUUCCUUAGUAACAGAAAUUGAAUAUGUCCAAAAAAUGAUUGAAAGUAUCAGAAGUAUGUUUCAGAUGUUUAUUGAUAAAUUGUUGCAAAUUUUUCAUUGUCAUAGUUUAAACCUUGGCUAUUCAAUAAACAMAUUUUAUUGACUUUGGAAUUUACCUUACGUAUUUCUAAGGAUACGCUUUAGACAUAAUACAAGCUUUUAAGCUUAAUCUUAGAAUGAAAAUUUGUUCAAAAGACUCAAGCAGAUAAAUCAUUCAAGAAAACUCACGCAAAGGUUAUUUAUGAUUAAUUGUCAAUUUUUCAUAUCAAUCAACCUUACUA